AUGUCUCUGCCCCCUCACCUCUCCUUCAAGUGCGCCGUGACAGACUCCAAGGGGCCGCGCCGGACCAUGGAAGACGCACAUUCCAUCGUCGUACCCUUCGGCGGAAUUCGCGGUCAGGGAUUCUUCGCCAUUUUCGACGGUCACGCCGGAAAGCAGGCUGCGGAGUGGUGCGGGCAACACUUCGCUACUUGUCUCUUGCGAGCGCUCAGCGAAGACCACCAGGGCAGUGUCCCAGACGUGCUCAACCAGACGUUCCACGACGUUGAUGCUUAUCUGUCCAAGCUAUCUGAAGACUCGGAUGGCAAGAUGCAUUCUGGAUGCACCGCUGUCACCGCAUUCCUGCGCUUAGAAGACAGCGACGGCAAGCAGUCGUUCGUCCCGCCCAGCUUCAACCCCAUCGACGCGGCGCUGGUCCAUGCGCCCUCCCCAGACGGGAACGAGCAGAACAGCGACCAAGAGAAUGUGGACCCAGAGACGUCGAGAAUGAGUGGCGCGGGCCGAAUCAAGCACGCAUUUAAGGCGCUGAGCGAGCGACGGUCACCUACGUCGGAGUCGCAGUCUUCAGACGAGAAGGAAGAGACCUGGACCCCUUCAGCAGACAUCCCGGCUCGGCGCGUGCUUUACUGCGCCAAUGCUGGCGACGCGCGGGGCGUGUUGUGUCGCGGGGGGAAGGCUGUGCGUCUGACGUAUGACCACAAAGGCUCAGAUAAGCAGGAGGCGAAACGCAUUGUAGACGCGGGUGGCUUCGUCAUGAGCGGACGGGUGAACGGUGUGCUGGCCGUGACACGGGCCUUGGGUGACUCGGCUAUGAAGGAGUAUGUCGUGGGCGCGCCAUACACGACCGAGACGGAGUUAAGUGAGGAAGAUGAGUUCCUUAUCCUGGCGUGCGACGGGCUAUGGGACGUCGUUGACGACCAGAAGGCCGUGGACUUUGUGCGCGCGAUUGCGGACCCUAGACAGGCAGCAGAAGACCUGCUCGACUACGCAUACAAAAACUACUCGUCGGACAACGUCACAGUCCUCGUCGUACGGUUCAGGAACCCCUCGGAGCCUCCCCGGUCGCAGUGA